CCCGCCCGUGGUGGCUAAAGCUACGUGUCCUUGUCCCCCGUGGGCAGCCUCAGAACGUGCGGCCUCGGAUCGGAUCCCCAGUUUGAAGGGCCUCUUCCGGCCACCACCUCCCGGGAAGACGAUGAAGACCAAGAACCGACCUCCUCGGCGCCGGACACCCAUGCAGGACACAGAAGCCACCCCAGGAGAGCAGACCCCCGACAGACCCCAGUCAGGCUCAGGGGGGUCGGAGCUGACCAAGGGUCUUCGGAGUAGGACGGCCCGUGCAGGCGGAGCCCGAGCGGAGGUCAGCCGCCGGCGACAGGGCUCUGGUGGCCGCAGGGAGAACAGUGUCCAGAGGCGGCUGGAGAGCAAUGAGCGGGAAAGACAGCGGAUGCAUAAACUCAACAACGCCUUCCAAGCGCUGCGUGAGGUCAUCCCGCAUGUGCGGGCCGACAAGAAACUCUCCAAGAUUGAGACGCUCACACUGGCCAAGAACUAUAUCAAGUCACUGACUGCCACCAUACUCACUAUGUCCAGCAGCCGCCUCCCGGGGCUGGAGGGGCCGGGUCCUGCACCAGGUCCCAAACUCUAUCAGCACUACCAUCACCAGCAACAGCAGCAGCAGCAGCAGGUGGCUGGGGCUACACUAGGCACCACCGAGGACCAGCCCCAAGGCCACCUGCAACGGUACUCUACGCAGAUUCACAGCUUCAGAGAGGGCAGCUAGCACCC